GGAAGAUCGCCGGGCUCAUAACCCGGAGGACCCUGGAUCGAAACCAGGACAUGCUAAGUUACAUUUUUUAAUUUUUUUUCUUUUGGAAAAUUCUUCUUAUCGAUUGUAUUAUCUUAUCAAUUGUAUUGAUAGAAUAAAUUACUGCCAACUGCACAACGUUCUCCGUUGCAGCUAGUUUUCACCGUGACUGAAACCGGAUGUGUUACCAGAGGUCUCCAAAUUCCACACGGAGUUCGGGAUUUCGGAUUUUCAACUUCAAAUGUGAAUUUACUUGCAACUAAACUGUGGCGAAGAAUCCGAUGUUCACAUUGCAUGAAGAUUUCAGGAUUUCCCCAUCCCUAGCCCGAGACGUGUGCCACAGUUAAUAAAUAACCAGCUACGCCGUUCCCCUCCACGACAGUGACUAAAAAGAGCAAAUAGCGUUCCCCAAAUAUCCCAAAUAAGUUCGCCUUUCCACCAUUCUUCGGACAUCCAGGCAUAAUCUUUUACGAUGAGUCAAGUGCGGAAGGCCGUGAUUAUCGGGGCUGGACCCGCCGGUAUCCUGGCGGCGCUUCGCCUGCAGCAAUUUAACCACAUUUCCCCUAUCAUCUAUGAAAUCCGCCCUGAACCCACGACUCUUGGAGGUGCAAUCGGUAUCCCAUCAAACGGGUUGAGACUAUUGUAUAAGCUCGGGCUGUGGGAUGCCCUUCGGGAUCGAGGCGCGGAGACUUCCACAGUAUCAGUGCAUGCGAUCAAGGGCCAUGUUAUCGGCAACAUGGACAUGGCUUCCUGGAGCCGGGAAAAGACUGGGUUUGGCUACUUAAGAAUUCGUCGCGUUGAUCUGAUGGAGGUUCUAUAUGACGAGGCUCGCAAAGCAGGCAUUCCUAUCUGUUUCAGCAAGCACCUGACCGGGAUUGAGGAAGACAAUCAGGGUAUCACCGUUACUUUCUCUGAUGGCACCAGCGACAAAGCAGAUCUUCUUCUAGGGUGUGAUGGUAUCCACUCGAUGGUGCGUACACUCUACGUCGACCCCAACACAGAGCCUGAAUACUCGGGUAUUUCGAAUAUAUACUCUCUGGUUGCUACCUCUGAGCUGCCCAGCGCCGCAGCAUCGAUUGAUAGUCUCAAUGUAAUGCUAACCACGGAUGGACUUCUAGCCAUAUCUCCUUGCCGGGCAAGCCGAGAAAUGGUCUACUGGUUCUUCUCGCGCGAGCUUGCCAUUCCUCCUAGCGGUGAUACGCGCGAUGGGUGGGAGGAACGUGGGAAACAGCAGGUGGAGACCAUCAAAUCAACAGUACUAGAUCUCAUCAAAGACUCUGAAGGAGAAUGGGGGUUGACCAUGAAGGAAACUGUCAGACAGACAAACACACUCCGGUUCUAUCCCAUUUAUCAUCUGCCCGCAGGUGGGAAAUGGUCGAAAGGGCGGUGCUUGGUUAUCGGGGACGCAGCUCACGCAAUGCAACCACAUGCAAGCCAAGGGGUUUCCAUGGCACUGGAAGACAUCUUCAUGUUAUCAAAUCUCCUGGACUCCAACCCAGCUUCACUAAAUGAGGUCUUCAGAAUAUAUGAGCAAAAGCGACGACCUCGAGUGAAUGAAAUGCACCAACUCGCGGAGCGUAAUGGAGGAGUAAGAAAGAGAAUUUCUCCGUGGCAGCUGUGGCUCAAAGAAAUUGCAACUUCCGGUGCCUUAGGAAUUUACAGCCUUUUCGGCCUAAGUAAGUUAGGAAUAGGCCAGAAGCCAUUGGCUUAUGAUAUCGAGGAAGAUAUGCACUAGAUAAUCAUCUAGUGCAAGCUCGUCAUGCUUACCAUCGGUUUUUAAUUGAUAUUAAUGUAUGAUACAACUUCAAUUAUUAUAGCCUAGAAUCCGGACAAGGUAGAUCCUGUUCAUGAUGUCUUGUUCGUAACAUAUCUGCGGAAGCAUGGUACCUUCUGAAUUUGUGUCAUUCUGGAGCUCAGGAUUGCAAAGUUCGUUCCAAGUGACCGUUGAAAUGCAGUCUUCUUUCUGGAAGAGGGGGCUGCCAAAUUCAGGUAGGUAUGUCAACAUUGUUACAGCGAUCUGCGCAGCACAGGUUACUCUAGCCUAAAUAUCAACCAUCUUCUUUGG